AUGCAUCACCAUAAAUGUGUGCUUUUAGACUCUCAAGGUUCUGGGAAUAAUCGGAAAAUAACCACAUUUAUCGGUGGUCUGGAUCUAUGUGAUCGCAGAGAUGAUACACCUGAGCAUAGGAUUUUUCAUGAUCUUGAUACUGUCUUUCAUAAUGAUUUUCAUAAUCCUACUUUUCAAGCUGGGAUUGAUCGUCACUGGUGUAAAGCGGAGUCGGAGACAGCAGAGCACGUGCCGCUGCUGUGCAAUAAGAGCAUUCAGACUUGGCAAAAUCUGGACAGUCGAGACACAGCGCAUGCAAUGCUGCUAAAUAGAAACAUUUGGACAGAAAAUCUUUCACAUAUUAAAGGCACUGUCAAAGUAGGAAUAGUCAGGUGCAACAUAAAAUGGCAACGUCCUCCUCAAAAUUAUAUAAGUGCAAAGUUGAUGUCUCGUUCUCAAAGUACCACACCAGUGUAUGGGAAGGAGUUGGUUAUGUUCCUGGGAGCCAAAACUGCACGGCUGCAACCAGUUAUGACAGUUGAUAUCAAAGAAUUAGGCAUGUUAGCAGCGUUGGAGUCAGUGCGAGAGCUGGCCUUUAAGCAAGUUGUUUUGUACGUGGAUUCUAAAAGGGAUGUGGAAACUUUCAGCUCGGCUAUGCCUGGAUUAUAA